AUGAUGCCUUCAACCACAGAUGUCCUUUCCCUGGAGCACCAGCAAAAUCAACCACCUACGGCCUCGGAAUCAAUAAUUGAACCUCUCAACAUUGAAUCUAGCCCAAACACAGAGCCAAACUACCCAACAGGCCCCAAAUUCUGGUUCACCAUCAUCUCACUAUGUGUGGUCCUUAUCUUCGGAGGCCUGGACGCCAACAUCGUCGCCACACCCGUGCCGAGCACCACUAACCCCUUCCACACUGUCGCUCACGUGGGAUGA